UUUCCCUUCUAGUUCUGCGACGUCAAAGAACACGAUGAGGAAUUGGCUGAUGGUGAUGUGUGUCCUUUUCUCCCUGAAGCUGGUGGAGAAAUGUGAGUCCGCCAGCGGCCUCAUGGUUCCUCCUGUCGUGAAGCUGGAAAAUGGCAGCUCAACCAACGUCAGCAUCACCCUGGGGCACCCGUUACAUACAAGCUUGGUGAUCACUCUAGAAGUCACAUUCCAUUCCAAAAAUGUCACCAUCCUACAGCUGCCUGACGAGGUGGUGGUGCCUCCUGGAGUGACCAAUUCCUCUUUUCAAGUGACAUCUCAAAAUGUUGGACAAGUUACCAUUUACCUGCACCGCAACGAUUCCAACCAGACCGGCCCAAGGAUCCGCUUCUUGGUGGUCCACAGCAACACCAUCAGCAUCAUAAACCAGGUGAUCGGCUGGAUCUACUUUGUGGCCUGGUCCGUCUCCUUCUACCCUCAGGUGAUCAAGAACUGGAGGCGGAAAAGUGUUGUAGGUCUGAGCUUCGACUUCGUGGCCCUGAACCUGACAGGUUUUGUGGCCUACAGCGUGUUCAACAUCGGCCUUCUCUGGGUGCCCUACAUCAAGGAGCAGUUUCUGCUCAAAUACCCCAACGGCGUGAACCCGGUGGACACUAACGACGUCUUCUUCAGCCUGCACGCAGUCAUCCUCACGCUGAUUGUGCUUGUACAGUGCUGCCUGUAUGAGCGAGGCGAUCAGCGUGUGUCCAGGCCAGCCAUCGGCUUCCUGCUGCUCUCCUGGCUCUUCGUGUUCGUCACCAUGAUUGUGGCCGCCGUCGGGGCCACCACGUGGCUGCAGUUUCUCUUCUGCUUCUCCUACAUCAAGCUCGCAGUCACAUUGGUCAAGUAUUUCCCACAGGCCUACAUGAACUUUCGCUACAAAAGCACCGAGGGCUGGAGCAUUGGCAAUGUGCUCCUGGACUUCACCGGGGGCAGCUUCAGCCUCCUCCAGAUGUUCCUUCAGUCCUACAACAAUGACCAGUGGACCUUGAUCUUUGGAGACCCAACCAAGUUUGGACUCGGCAUCUUCUCCAUCUUCUUCGACAUCAUCUUCUUCAUCCAGCAUUUCUGCUUGUACAGGAAGAAACCUGGGCUUCAGGCGGCACCCCUAGGUCUGGCAGCCGUCUCACGCAGGACUGGGCACUGAACUUGCCACUGGAGGCCAUGCCCCAAACUGGGUGCUGAGCCUGCCGUUGGAGGCCAGUGCUUUGGGACGCAGCGUUGGAGAGCUGGCCUCGCAGUCAGGAGAGCCCAGGGCGCUUUGCUGCCACCUGACCCAGUAGCCAGGCAGUGGCUGACGGACUUGGAGGUGCUGGGACUGGGACUGCGGGAUUAGGUCUUGGGUUACUUUCUCUCAAGGCCACACCUCCUGACACUUUCCACCUAACUCAACUUCCUCCACUGUGGGAGCAGUGGUCCAGCCAGGGCCCCCAGGGAGUACUUCCCAGCCCCGAAGUGCCCACCAGUUGGUUUGGAACUGGACUUGGGACAGGAUCCUCUGGCUCUCUUCCGCCCAAGGCAGCUUAUCACUAACUCCUUCCAGAUUUGGGGAGGGAUAUUUCCAGAGGCUGGCUAGCUCUGCCCUCUCUCCUACCUCUGCUUUCCCCCCCGCCCAAGAGUCUGAGGGGGGACCCAUCUGAGCAUCCCUUACUGCCCUGCUGGACACUGUCUCCACCAGUCUGUGCCUUAGGACCCCUGAGGCCCAUUUGAGUCUUGCUCAGGGCCCCUGCCCUCAGUGCUCCCCAGAGCCUGCCCUGAGACCACCUUGGGGCUGUAAGGAGCCUUCAGUUAGAAGUGGAGCCCACCUCACUCAGUCUUUGUGGGUGCAGCCCAAGCUGUUCUUCCUGUGGUAGGCAGGACUGGAGGAAGGUCAGAGGUGAGGCGGGCAAGUCCCCAGGGAGGUGCCUUGAGCUUCUCACUCCACUCUUGUUUUUACUAAAAUACAUUUGCAAGGGGGUGCCCUUGAUUAAAACCUGAUGUGUUUCUUUUCUGCACAUUCCGGAGUGCUUGUGAGCUGGCGAAGGCAGGAGCAGGGCCUGCAGAGCCAAGGCCUUGGGGCUCAGGGAGACCCCUGCCACCUUGUGUAAGGCAGUGCAUGGGCUGUGAAAUGCGCAGACCCCACACCUUAUCCAGAGGGGCGCCCUCCCAGGUGGUGGUGCAAAACACCUGCUCAACUCAAGGCCAGGUAGGUAGCACAGGUACUGUGCCCACCACUGGAGCCAUGGUGAGAAGUGGGGUUGGGUGAGAUGUGAGGGGUGUGCUGCUGCGGAGCCCAGCCCUGGAGGUCGUCUUCUGUGGGUCCUUAUGCUGGGC